AUGGGCUACUUUUCUGGGGCGCAGGGGACAGCGCUACUCUGCCUGUUUUGGGCUUUUCAGGUGGUGAAACCCUUCAAUGUGGAGACAGAGGUCUGGAGACACAUAAACUUGACGGCAGCUGCGUGGUUCGGAUACAGAGUGACACAGCUGGACAGUACCAGGCUGCUGGUGAGUUCUCCACUGGAGCAGUUCAGAGAGAGCGGGAGAGGGCGCGUCUACCAAUGCCAGGUCUCUACGGGCUCCUGUGCACCUCUGCAGAUACAUGCUCCUAGCUCUGCAGUCAACCUGUCCUUGGGCCUCACGAUGACCACGGGAGAAAAUAGCUCAACUGCAGUGGUUUGUGGCCCUACCAUCCCCAAAGAGUGUGAUGGUCUCACUCUGUAUGGAGGAAUGUGUUUCAGCAUCAGCCAGAGACUGUCAAUUAGUGACCCUUUCCCCCCAACUCUAAGAGAUUGCCAACAAGGAAUUGAUAUAGUCUUUCUCCUAGAUGGUUCAGCAAGCUUGUAUGAUCAUGAAUUUAUUACAAUGAAGCAGUUUGUCAUCAAUCUUAUCAAGAAAUUCAUUGCCAAAGACACACAGUUUGCCAUUGCACAGUAUUCCAGUGGGUAUGAAGUUCAUUUAAACUUUGAACAAUUCAACAAACAUAAGGAAGCAAAAGACUGGGAGAGAGCGGUACUGGACAUUGAGCAAGAGAUGAUGCUCACCUAUACUGCCAACGCCAUUAACACCACUGUCUUUGAAGUGUUCUCCAAGAGGGCAGGGGCCCGGCCUCACGCCAGCAAGGUUCUACUGGUCAUCACUGACGGCAAGUCCGAUGACCCAGAGCACCUGAACUCGGCAAUCAAGAACGCAGCCAAGAAAAAAAUCACCCGAUACGCAAUUGGGGUUGGGAAAGUUUCUGAAGCCGAACUUAAGAUCAUUGCAUCCAAACCAGUGGAAAAGCACAUGUUCAAGGUGUACAACUUCCAAGCUUUGGAUGGACUGAAGGAGACUCUGGAGAGGAACAUCAUAUCCAUAGAGGGAGGUGGUGGUUCUACAGAGUUUGAGCUGGCACAAGAGGGCUUCAGUGCUGCACCGCUUCCAACUCCUGAGGGAGGCAUUGCGCUGGGUUCUGUUGGAGCAUACCAGUGGAGAGGGGGCUAUCAGAAGUACACACCCAGCGGAGAAGACUCAUCUUUUCAUGCAGCCAACCUUCUGGAACCACACGGAGAUGACAGUUACCUGGGCUAUUCUUUGGCCCUGGCCAUGAGGAGCGGUCAGAGCUAUGCUGUUCUCGGCGCGCCGAGGUUCAGGCAUAAAGGGCUGGUGGUGGUCUUCCAUCCUUCUGGACAUCAGACGAAUCUGGAGCAGAAGGGUAAACAGUCUCAGAUCGGGGCGUACUUUGGAGCAGAGGUGUGUGUGGUGGAUUUGGACGGAGACUCCAACACAGAUCUGAUUCUGGCAUCUGCCCCCAUGCACACAGAGGGAGAGAGAGAGGGGAAAGUGUUGGUGUAUCACUUUACAGAGGAGGGCUCCAUAGAAGAGCCUGGCACUGGCGUGUCCCUGCUGGGGCUGGAGGGUCAGAGGGGGAGGUUCGGCUCGUCUCUGGCCAGCCUGGCUGACCUGAACGGGGACAGGAUCAGGGACGUGGCCGUGGGAGCUCCUCUGGAGGAUAACGGACAGGGCAGCGUGUACAUCUUCAACGGGAGGAGAGGAGGAAUCAACCCCACCUACUCACAGAGGAUUGUGGGUUCGUCGGUGCGGUCCGGUUUGCGGUUCUUUGGGCUGACCGUGGCCCAGUCUGCUUUGGACCAGAGUGGAGACGGGCUGCCUGACAUCGCAGUCGGGUCCAAAGGAGCAGUUCUGCUGCUCAGGUCCAGACCUCUUGUUUCCGUGGAAACUGAGGUGUUCUACAGUCCUUCUAAAAUCUCCACCAGCAUCUUGAACUGCUCUGCACAACUCGGUAUCAACGCCACGGUGUGCUUCCUCAUGUCAAAGGUCGCCCCAGGCUCCACAGAUUUAAAAGCUAAACUGGACUACAUGUUCACGCUGGAUCACGUAAAACAGUCAUCACGGGCUGCCUUUGCACAAAACCAGCGUGCUACAAACGGCUCCAUCACUGCAGCUCUGCAGAGAAGCUGCUUUUAUCACAUCUUCUCAAUACGCGGUUGCCCAGAGGAUGCUUUGAAUCCGAUUGUGAACAGGGUGUCCUUUACCUUUGAUGGGCUUGCUAUGACUGGGAUGGGUAACCUGCGCCCACGACUGUCCAGUGACGCAUGUCUGGUUUCAGACCACAUGGUGCGUUGGUUUUCAGUGUUGGACUUCGAGAUCGACUGCGGACCAGACAAGAUCUGCGAGGACAACCUGCGAGUGGAUUUCAACUUCACAGGGGCCACACACAUCAGUGUUGGAGCUGCACAGGACUUGUAUGUGACAGUGAUGGUGGAGAAUAGAGGAGAGAACUCCUACCACACCCAUGUGUCUCUGUCCUACCCUCACGUCCUCUCCUAUAGGGCCUUCACCAAAAGCCAGGGAAGAGUGGCCUGCAGCUCUCUAGACAGUGAAGACGGGCUCUCCCAGGGGAGGACGGUCUGCAGCAUCAACAAUCCCAUCUUCAGAACCAACGACACGGUUCUCUUUGUGGUUCAGUAUGGCGUUCGUGACGACAGUCAUUCUGACAAGAACGCGUCGUUCUCUGCAAAUGUGACGAGUGGAAACGAUCUGCAUGCCUUGGACAAUGGAAGCUUCAUAGUGAGAGAGAUUCAAGUCAGACGCAUCAUUUUUGUUGUUGUUAAGAGACAUGGCAACACAACCACUUAUGUUAACUUCACGGCAGACAACAGCAACGUGGAGAAACAAGUGACACAGCUUUUGCAGGUGGAAAAUGGCAACAGGCAACUCAAUCUGACUGUUGUGAUCCGUGUUCCCAUUAAACUAGGCAAGAUGGAUAUCUGGUCCAAUGUAAAGUCUCUUUUGAUUGCAGGGUGCCGGCCGAUACAUGACAAAAACCCAGAUAUUGACUUUGCUGUGAACCAAUCAAAAAUCAUAAGCUGCCCCGUGGCUGCCUGCAGAGUGUUCAAGUGUGACUUGCACCUAAAGGAGAAGGACCGUGUGUUUUAUGAAAUCUCUGGCAAACUACACUCCGGAUGGAUCGCACAGACUGGAGUCAGGUCUGGUGAGCUUAUUUUGGCCAGUGAGUCACAACUUGAGUAUGACUCAAACAAGUACAUUCUGCCCACAGUUGAUGGCCUACAGAUUCCCUCAGUCACUAUGCUUGGGACCCAGGUGGAGGUCUAUGAGGAGCCUACGUUCAUUAAGGAGAUUGCUGGCGGGGUGGCCGGUGGCCUACUCCUGCUAAUUCUCAUUACCGUGGGCCUUGUUAAGGUGGGAUUCUUCGCCAGCCAAUAUAAAAAGAAGUUGCAGGAGUCAGCAUAAGACAAGGAGAACUAGGCAUCAAGCAUUCUGAAAGACUGUGUACCUAUUAAAAGUACAAUGAGAUGUACACGGUCGGUAAACACGUGUCUUAUGGCUCAUGACUUUUAAUGGACUUGUUAAAAUGCCUGCUUACAAAAUACUUUCACAUUUGAAAUGAUAAUGUUACAUUUGUUUUAGUUGGUUGUUAUCCUCGGAAACAUGAAAUAGUCUUUUCUGAUUGGCUGGUGCGGUGGCUAUUAUUGCUGGGACACCUACUUGAAUUUCCCCUUGGGGAUCAAUAAAGUAUCUACUGUAUCUAUCUACUGUAUGAAGUGGAACUGGAAACUGGACGUUUCAUCCUCG